UACGUGAAUUCCUUGGUAGCCCAGUCCUAAUGUCAUUACUAUUCAGCAUUGGCAUAGUAGUACGCAAAGCGUAGCCACAGAGUCCGAACGUUCGACGCCGUAAGAGGCUCACAUCAAUAAUUGGUUAUAACACCACCACGUGGCUAUUGUCCGAAGCUUAUUUUUGCACUGUAUGUCUACGAGAAAGUUGCAAUUAAUAUCUUGGUACGGUGAUUGAUGAUUACGCUACGUAUAACAUUAAUAUAAACAAAAAAAAUACACAUCGAGUGCAUUUGAUUGACUGCACAUUUGGAAAAAGAAUAACAUUAACUACUUCUUUAUCAAUAAAUGAGUGAAACUAAAGUAAUUAUUAAAAUUUUUCUACUAAAAGGCAGUUUUCAGAGAAUUAAAUAUUUGUGUAGUUGGUAGUCAGUUCAAGAUGGCGCGUAAUGUUUACUAAUAGAGUAAUCAUGAAGUGGUGCUAGAGAAAUAAUUUAUUUUAAGAGGGAAUUAUUUGCAAAGUUUUACAUAAUUAUGUCUGUAAUAGUUUUAAACAACUUUUUAAGUAAAACAAAUAAAGUUUUUCUGUCAUCGCCGAAAAUUCUAUGCAACAUUCCGAUAUGUUGCAUAUCUGUUGGUCAUGUUUACAGUAAAAUUCAUAAAAAAGAUGACCUAAGCCAAACAACAGUAAUUCUGCAAGAUGGUGUUGAUAUGCAGGAGCUUCCAGCUAUAGUGAGGAAGGUAAAAGACGUCGGUUUAAUCACACUACGGAAUUUUAAUUCGGAUUCAGAUAGUAGAAAACAGCCUGAAAGCUCUGUAAGUUUUGUUCAGGGAGACGUUAAUGCUGCUCCCGAAGAAACCGACAACUCGAAAGUAAGUCAAGAAGCAGAAGUUAAUGAAAUGGUUGAAGGUUUCAAGAGGUGCUAUUCUCCGAAAGGUGUGUACUUAUUACUUGAAACUAUACCUGCUGAAGAAGUGACCCCCACUGUUGCUGUACAGGCAAUGAAAAAGAUUAUCGAGCUUGAAAACAACAAACAUUACAGAAACCCUAUUGAAAAAGCAGUAGAAGAAACGCCAGAGAACUUUGCACGAACUGCAAUAUUCAACAGGUUAAUUGAAAUUGUGUCUUCAAGUAUUGACUCAGGAAUUAUUAUUGAAGGUUUGAAACUUGUAAGUCAUGAACUGGUGGGUGCAAAAAGUGCAGAAUACAGGAAAAGACUCUGUGAUGAAGUGCUAGUACGUGCGACAGAUGGCAAAUUGGACAUCAUCCAGCUGUGUGAAGCCGCAAAGAUUUUCUCGUCAAUCGAUUGCAGUGAAAAAGCGGAUAACACUGAUAAGUUGUGGGCAGGUCUGGUUGAGAGGGCUUCUGAGAUUGAUGCUAGUAAUAUUCUCAUUGUUUUCAGAAUUUUAUUGGUUCUCAAGAAAAGUAAAAAAGUAGUGUUAAACAUCAUUGAGAAAAAAAUGUCUUAUGUAUGGUGGAGAUUGUCAGGUGAUGCUGUUGGUGAAAUUCUUACCAUCUUGUUUGAAGCCAAGUUAAGAUCAUAUCGUAUUAUGAAUGUUUUUUCUCGCUGGAUCAACACAAACAUUCACACAGUAACAGAAGAUGAUCUUCUAGAGAUAGUGUCUGGGUUUACAGCACUGAAUCAUAUAGAUGUGGGUGUGGAGAAGGCGUUAGAACGGUAUGUGAAAGCAAAGGGCAUCAGGAUAAAGAACUCUGCAGUUAUGGUGGCAAUAAUGGACUACUGUGUACAUUUUCACUUUCGUUCACAUUACAUACUGCAAGGUUGUGCAGAGUACUUCAUACUGAAUGCUAGCGAAUUGUCUCCUAUAGCGAUCAAGACACUUGUAGUGCCAAUUGGCCUGUUCGAUUACCAUCCUUCAAAUGCCAUCCAGUUCUGGCAAACACUUGAAAAUGUCCUGGAGUCAAAGUUUGUUCAGUUUCGCCCUGAAGACUUGAUCGAAGUGAUGCUCACUUGUGUGUAUCUUGAGAAGUACCCAGUGAACUUUGUGAAGAAAAUAUUCAAUCCAUAUUUCUUGGACAGAAUACAUUCUCAGAAGGAUGCAAGUGCGCUGCACCAGAUGCGAGUGAGGCUCAAACUGUUCGACACCGCCAUGACACUGGAGUGCUCGCAGUACAGGGGUCCCAUGCUCCCGCGAGACCACUCGGUCAAGCCAGUGUGGUUGGACGGACGUGUGAUAAGAAUGGUGAAUUUUGUGGUGCAGCCGCUGUCGACCAUCGUGGGCGGCCCGGACAGACUCUCUACAAUGGUGGCUGUGCCUCAGCUUCCACUGACAGACUUGUACGUUGUUGACCUGGUGAUCCACCCCAGUCAGAUGGGCGGGUCGAUGCUGCCCUUCAACAUUCGCAGUGGCCGGAAUGUGUUUGUUGCAGUGUUGAUACAUAUUCCAGACCAUUUCUCUUCGGACGGUAAACAUCUGAUUGGUCCUCAAGUGAUGCGAAAGAGGCAUCUCAGAAAGAUAGGUUUCAAGGUAGUUGAGUUGGAUUACAAUACACUGUGGAGAAUGAAAGUUCACCCAAAAGAGUUACAGAGUUAUUUGGUGGAAAGUUUAAAAGCUUCAGUGGAUGCCAUUGAGUGAUGUCUUUAUCAAGUGACAAAAGUUGAGCAAAAUACUUUGAAUUUUAAAGGUAAUGCCACAGCCAAUUUUUAGCUGAGUGAAUCUGAGAGGUAUUUGUAUAAUAGUUGUGUAUGAUUCAACAUAGUGUGGUAGACUGUUAUAAAAAAAUUUUUUAUGA